AUGAACGAAGGGCACGACACUUUUCUGCAGGCGUCGUCGCCCAUCGACUCGGCUCUUUUCUUCGUCUUCGCCGCCUUCGUCCUCAACGUCAUCGUCGUCAUAGGUCAGUGUCUUCUCAAAGUUAUUCCGGGCAAAUUGUUGCAAUUUGACCUGAAACACUAGCAGUGUAACUAGCCGCUGCAAAUCCUUGUUGAACUUUUGGAUAUUUUUGGAGGCCAAAGCUUGCCAUGAUUUUCAAAAGACUAUAGGACUAUUAUCGGGAUAAAAUUUCGAAUAUCCGGUGAACUUUUUCAAAAUUUUCCUCAUUCUGUUUCGGAGCACGUGAGCCCCAACCACAGCUGUUUCACAUCAUUUUGAUGUUUUAUGACAGUUCUUCCGGCUUUAUUUGAUGUAUUUGCUUCAGAUGUUUCUCAUACAGAUCUUUUUCAAUCUCUAGAUUUUUUCCGAACCUGUUUCGUUGUAUGAAGCGGAUAUUCUUCGACUUUGAAAACUUUUUUUUUUGAAAAUUGAUAAUCGCGAAAAAAAAAAAUUAAAAAUUGAAUACCUUUUUGGAGCUACCCAAGACUUGUUUGAACGCUCUUUUAAACUGAGGCUGAAGUUUAAAGAAAGUCAUGAAUUUUUGAAAAGAGAAAAAAAUAAUCUUAAAAUGUUUUCGGUCCUGUUUCAUGACUGUAAUUCUAAAUUCCGUUAAAAAAUUAAUUUAAAAAAAUAUUCACGCUGAAUAAAUGAAUAAAAGUUUGUUGAAGGAAUUUUAAUUAUGAAAGGAAACAAAUCUGAGAACCAUCUCCCAGGACCGAAUUUAAGAUUUUUUGGCUAUUUUUCCAUUUAAAAAAUUGAGCAUGACUUUGUUCGACGCAAAUAAGAUUGAACCGAACAAAAAAAAAUUACAAAUACAUUCGUAAAAAGGACGGAUUUUCAAAAUUCGGUCGUGUCUUAGACUUGCUGGGGUUGGUCAAAAGUUACUUUUUCAAGCUUAAUAUCUAUCUCUGAUUGUUUCAAAUGUGUUUAUCUCGUUUUCAAAGAAAAUUAUGCCGUGUUCAACUUGAUUCCGCGAAAUGCAAAAUGAUCUCUGACUCUCCAAAAUUUAGUGAUCUUUUCCUUUCUCUGACGGAUACUUUGCAUUUCGCGGAAUCAAAUUGAACACGGCAUUAUGCCCAAAAAACCAUCUCACUGUAUGUCGAAUCCUAACUUAAACUGUGCUUUAACGAAUGCAAAAACGGUGUCCUCUAGCUACUGCGGUUCUGAUUUCAAUGAAAAAAUGGAGAAAUUUUUAUGAAACAUUUCGAAAAGUUGUGAUUUUCAGUGGCGUUCUGCUACUUCGACCCGUCGCCGCACGAGCCUGCGCUGCUCUUCCGGACGUAUCACACCCUGCGGAGGCUGAGUCGGAUGAGCCGACGCAACGGCGACCUCCGGGUACGCAUGUCCAUCAAGUCGGACGACGAGUCCAACGAUACUCCGGCAACCGUUCUCUACGUUUGAUCUUUCCAGAAGUGA